AUGGUGUUGUACUCUCGUCUGAAUUACAUCACAUGCGUCACGUGCAAGACGCCUUCGAUCGUUUUUCAGACGUUCACGUAUUCGAUCGUCUUGGAUGUGGCGCUGCGUCACGUCAUCACAUCGUCCUUCCUCCGCUCCGAUUUCGAAUACAUUCGAAAUGACGAGACAAAUUGUCAGAGUGAGGUUAAGUGUUUUCGGUGCAACGAAAACGGGCACAUGUCAAGAAACUGCAAGGCUGCACCUAACAUGAAAGUUGUCUACGAGGAUCGUCGACUAAAAAAGCUGCGAAUCGCUGACGUUGUGGUAGAGGCGCUAGUGGAUACUGGAGCUGACGUCUCAAUAAUUAAAGAGGCAAUGGUCAAUAAAAUUAGUGGCGUCAAAUUACAGCAGAGCGUUUCAACACUACGAGGUCUUGGAAGAGGUAUGACUCGCCCUCUGGGUCAAUUCAAUGCAGAGGUGAAGAUCGACGAAAUGCAGCUGACACACAGGUUCCUAGUUGUUCCGCAAGAUGCCAUCGCCUGUGAUGCUUUACUGGGAUACGACUUCGUGGCAAAGUUUCGAGUGCAGAUGACAGCAGCCGGCUACGAGUUUUCUCCCCCUGCUGGGAGGAAACUGUAG